AUGUCGCAACUACCUGAACCCAAUGACUUCGGUGAGGAUACUGCCGAGAAGACCCACAACGAGCGAAGUGGCGAACCUCAUUUUCCCGAUGCUGAUGGACGUGGCGAAACACGGCCAGAUAAGUAUUUGCCUUGCUCCGAUGUGGAUGAAGCUGCCGAGGACAAUGAUGUUUCCAGCGAAGGAGAUCGUUUUGGAGUGCUUGAAAAUUCCAAUAUUUUCAAGUGCGCAUUUAAUGUAUUUAAGGGAAAUGUGGCAUCUGCCGUAUUUCUCCUGCCCACCUUCUACAAGGAUUCUGGAUAUAUUCUCUCCCCAAUUAUUGGGUUGAUCAUCGGGUCCAUCGUGGUGGAUUGUUCCCGACUGCUGGUCCGCGCCAAAACAAAGGUAAAUCGAAGAUCCGUUUCGGACUAUUUGCGCCUUUGUGACUUUGUUCUCGGAAAGCCAUUUCGAUACGUUCUUCUUGUGGCCUUGCUUUUGACCCAAUUCGGCUUCUGCUUGCUCUACCUACAGCUUUUUGGAGGUUCCAUGGCAAAGCUUGUGCCACGCUUUUCAGGAGAUGAGUAUGUUUGGAUGACUGUUAUGUUUGCUCUUAUCCUGCCCGUGUCAUUUUUCAGCGAGAACUUGGCGUUCCUUGCGAUUAUAUCUAUAAUUGCAACAUUCUGUGUGUUUUUUGCGCUGAUCUCGACGGCAGUUCUGGCGUUUAUCAAACUUCAUGAAUCGGGCGUGUCGCCAAGCACAAUACCUUGGGGCCGUUCUAUACCGCUUGGUUGGUUUAACAAUAUGGCAAACAACAUGAUGGUGCUAGAGGGAAUUGGUGUUGUCUUGCCCGUCGAAAAUUCUUGUAAAGAUAAACCUCGCUUUCGCUUGGUGCUCACUGUCGUCCUGUACUUGGUUGUAGGCUGGUAUUUGAUGUACGGAUUGGCUGGGUACCUGGCGUAUGGCGAGGCGCUUGAGGUGUCGCUGGUGGAUGCACUUGACGUGAAUGCGUUUUCCAUUGUUGUGCGUGUGGCAUUUACAAUCAACAUCUGGUGUACAUAUCCCAUCCUCUUUAUGCCCGCAAUUUUGCAAAUUGAUUCUCUUCUUGGGUGGCGUCCCCGAUCCUUGAAAGGAAUCUUGAUGCGGAUUGUGAUAAAUGCCGCUAUUUACGGCGUUGCGAUGGCCGUGGGCACUGGUGCUGUGGGUAUCGUGGUUUCCCUGAUUGGGGCUCUCCCGGCGGCAGUCAUGUUAAUGCUGUUGCCGGCGCUACUCUCACUCUUUGUGGAAUCCAGUGUGGAGGAUCCUGAUGAGCCCAGAAUGUCCAGGGAGUACUGGCGUCGUAGCCUAUUUGGCAAACGCUGCACUUUAAUCAGGGCCCGCGCGUACUUUUAUUUUUGCCUUGGCAUCCUGAUUAUGGUAGUGGGGACACUCAGCGUUGUGAAGGGUCUAGUGGGUUGA